UUGAACAAUUGAAUUCAUAACCUCAUUUUCCAAGCCGCUUUUAAACAAAAAACCUGCCAAAUUUCCAUUGCUUAUCGUUUUCUAUCCACCCCCGUCGCAACCCUCGUCCCGAAAGGUCUCACAAAACGCUAUAAAAGAAUUUCACGAAGGAGAAUUUUGAGGUUAUGUCAAGUUCUAACCUAACUGAGCUCCAACGAAAUUUGGGUGGCCAAAAUGUCAACUUUGAAAUAUGAAACAUUCACAAGAAGUACGAACUUUUCAUGGAAAAAUGUGCACAACUGCGAACUCUGUCCAUAUUUUACAACUUCGGUCCUCUUGAUGGCGAACCACUUGAGACGACACCGUUCAACACUGGAAAAAUUCGCUUGUACAGACGAAAUUGAACCGUAUUGUUGCAAAGUCUGCGACUUUAAAACAGAACUAGUGAUUGUUUUGAAACAACACAUUAAUAAACAACACAGAGACGAUUUAUCAAGCUUCAGUAUACAGAACUACGUUUGCAAAAAAUGCGACUUUGAGACAAAUUUCUUGCUGAAGUGGCUUCAACAUACUUCAGAGUGUACGGGGAAGCAUCUAAGUGUGAGUUCCGACUUCAAGCUAAUUGGCAAAACUGAGUUCAAAAAUAGUUUAAAACUUCAUAUAGAAAGUCCCCACUUAAACAAACGACAUGCAUGCCACAAGUGUCCGUAUCGAAGUAAAUGUAAAAAAAGUUUAAAAAUCCACAUAAAGGUGGUCCACUUAGACUAUCAAGAUUGUGAAUGGUACGAGUGCGAAAAAUGCCCUUUCAAAACUAGAAUAAAAAGUUAUUUAAGAAACCACGUAAAUCGCUUGCAUUUGGACGACGAAGAUGUUAAAUGGCACGAAUGCAGCGAGUGUCCAUUCAGAACUAAGUACAAAAGUUAUUUGAAAAUUCACAUAGCUGUGAAACAUCUAGCUGAAGACAAAAUUAAUUGGUACGAAUGUGAUAAGUGCCCAUUCAAGACCAAAUCAGAAAUUAAAUUAAAAAACCACAUAUACAACGUACAUCUGAACGAAGAAGAGGUUAAAUGGUACGAAUGCGAACAGUGUUCUUUUAAAACCAGAUAUAAAAGAAAUUUCAGCAGACACGUAACUGCGAAACACCAAGACGAAGAAAAAAUUAAGUGGUACGAAUGCGAAAAGUGCCCAUUCAAGACCAAAUUACAACCUAUAUUAAAAAGACACAUUCACAGCUUACAUCUGAACAAAGAAGAUGUUAAAUGGUACAAAUGCAACGACUGUGCAUUCAAAACUAGGUACAAACGAAAUUUCACCAGACACGUGACUAUAAAACAUCUACUAGACGAUGAAAAAAUUAAGUGGUACGAAUGCGAAAAGUGCCCAUUCAAAACCAAAUUAGAAUCGAAAUUAAAAAACCACAUACAUAACUCACAUCUAAACGAAGAAGAUGUUAAUUGCUACGACUGCAAAGAUUGUAAAUUUAAAACCAUGUAUAAAAAAAAUUUCGAAAGACAUUUAACUGCUAAACAUCUGGAAAAAAUUGAGUGGUACGAAUGUCGCAAUUGUCCAUUCAAAACCAAACUGGCGUCGAAAUUAAGACAUCAUGUGAAAUAUCACCAUGUGGAGGUUAGGUGGUACGAAUGUGCCAGUUGUUCGUAUAAAAGUACGAGGAAGGAGAAUUUAAAAACGCAUAUAACUAUCCACCAUUCGGAUGUUAAAUCGUUUCAGUGCGAAUUUUGUCCAUUUAAGACGAAACUGAGUGGGAGUUUGAAGCGUCACAUGAAUUGCCACCGGUUGGAUGGAACGAGUGUUAAAUGGUAUAAGUGUGAUCAGUGCUCUUAUAAAGCCAAGAGUGGGGCACCUUUGUAUAAGCACAAAAAAAUACAUUUAUAAAUUUCUAUAAUUUUAUAACACUGUUAUAUGUUCUAUCUU